UUAAUAAUAUCUACAUAUAAAUACAUGGGAAGAAUGGGAGGUAACUCCAAUGAUUGUUAACUAUAUAUGAUGAUGAUCAUCCCAAGCUUGCAUAUGCAGUUGGAUCCAUGCUUUCAUUUCAUUUCAUGGCAAUUCUUCAUUUCCUUCUCAUUUUCUCUUUACUUAACCUUGCAUUUGCAGGAAAGCAUGGUACGUUGCCAGAGGAAGAUCACUGGAUAUCUGUGUUUCCAAACACUCCCAUGCCCAAAGCUUUGAAAGACCUUUUAGCUCCACCUGCCGGAGAUUCAAGCAAGGAGUCCAAAGAUAAAGAUGCGCCUAUCAACCCUUUCAUAAUUUACGAGAACACUAAUACAAAAAGACAACCUAAAGAAGCUUUGAGAAAAGAACUCAAAAACAAGGAUGGCACAAAUAAAAAAUCAAAAGGCGUGAAUGCUCCUAUUAAUCCCUUUAUAAUUUAUGGAAAAGAAUCAAAAGGUUUAAGCAAGGAGCUCAAAACAAAGGAUCACAUAAACAAAAAAUCCAAAGGUGUGAAUGCCCCUAUCAGUCCCUUCAUAAUUUAUGGGGAGAAAUCAAAAGGAAACAAGAAACAUGGGAGCGCUGCAAUAAAUGGAACAAUGUACUUCUUCCAAGAGGAUCUGCACCCUGGUAAGUGGGUGAAUUUACCACUACUCGCCAAGACGAGGGACUUGGCUACCUUCUUGCCUCAACAAGUUGCUCGGUCAAUACCCUUUUCGAGUAACGAGUUUCCUCAAAUUCUAAAUCUCUUCUCUCUGGAUCCCGAAUCAAUGGAAGCCAAUGAUAUGGAACAAACAAUUAAUGUUUGUGAGAGAGAAGGGAUGCGUGGAGAAGAAAUAUUUUGUGCCACUUCGUUUGAGUCGUUUGUUGAUUCCAGUGUUUCAAAGCUUGGGAAAAAUAUCCAGUUACUAGCCAACGAGCUUGCGAAAGAAACUAAUAACCCAGUGUUUACCAUCGGAAGGGGAAUACAAAAUAUGGGGGAAGAGGAGCUUGUUUGCCACAAAAUGAGCUAUCCAUAUGCUGUGUUCUUAUGCCAUUCAAUCGACAGUACAAUGGUGUAUAAAGUUCCAUUGGUGGGCAUGGAUGGGACAAAAGCUAAAGCUUUAGUUAUUUGCCACAAAGAUACAUCCGCUUGGAGCCCCAGUCACCCUGUCUUUGAGAUUCUUAAAGUUAAGCCAGGAACUGUCCCCAUUUGCCAUUUUGCUGUUAGAGAUACCCUCGCUUGGGUUCGCAAAUGAACUAUGCGCAGCUUUGUAACCAAAAUGUCACCUUAAAGUGCUGCAUAAGCGCCAAAUAAAUUUUGUUCUAAGAAAAAUAUAAAAAGCAUCAAAUAAAUUGUUUUUUAAAAUUUAUAUCCUACAAUACUUUGAAAUAAAAAUAUAUUAAGGAAA